UCCAACCCCUUCUUUUCACGAUCUCGACGUCUCCCUCGACAUGAGUUGCAUUUGUAUUUUGUAGAGCUCCAUGUUCAUGAUUGACCAGUGUGUUCAUCCGCUGUAUUACUGACCUUAGGUUUUCCGCGACAAGUAGUCGACGCGCUGUCGCAGCGACCAAUGUCGUCUUCAACUGCGGCUUCCGCGCCGUUUCUGAAUGGCAACGCACCUUUUCAUCCCGAUUUCUUGCGCGAAGCCGCGUUUCUCGAUAAGCUCCUUCAACUUCGCGAUGAGGUCUAUGCGGGCAAACAUCCGCGCAUCAAACUCCCAACCAGUGUACUAGAACAGGUUGUACCUCGUCCCACCCAGAAGACUCCACCUGUCGCCGCCAAACCGCCCACCGCCAACGGCAUACCCAACGGGAGCGCAUUUGUACAUCCACUCCCUGCUCGCCCUGAAAACUCGGUGCAGGCCCAUCACAUUCCCAACGACUACAACCCACCUUCCCACCAUGCCCCUCGACCUUUUCCUGCAAAGCAUACUUCGUCUGGUAUUGACCCGGUGUUGCUCACAAAGUCUGAACAUCUGAUCAGGGCUGAGCUGCAGCUCAAGCGACAACAGAUCGAACGCUUGCUGAAAGACCAAUUUGACAGACGAGGACGUGGCAAUGACAUACUGGCAGAGGAUCGUGCUGCGCUUGAUGUCGAGAGUAUCUUGGCCAAGGCGCAAGCUCUGGUGAAGCCGAUCUCUGGUUUGCCUGUAGUUCAGACUCGCGAAGGUAGCGAAUCGUUCGACGAAAACUCUUACUACUCUAGCAAGGCUAACAGCUGGUCAUCAGAGGAGGCUGAUAACAAAGUAUCAGAUGCUGAUGUAGCCGAAAACUCCACUUCACAGGCCCAGCGCUCUGCCAAAGGUGCCGAACUGACAGCAGUGAAUCCCAAGCCCCCCAAAAUCACUAGAGUAGCCCAGCCUGCUGUGAUCGACCUAGAUGACGAGCCCUAUGAGCCUAUGGAUGAUAUUGAGCUGUAUGAGCCUGAACCACCCACUAGGUUGCACGAGGAUCAGGAAGAGUCUGAUUAUUCUCCACCACCUGCUGAUGUCGGGCCAAGUCAACCAAACCGUGGACGACGCGAUCGCGCUCCAAACAACGGUAAUUCCAACGGAUCAUCUAGGCAACAGAGCCCGUCAGGGAAUCCCGCUCCUAUCCAGAAUUCACGCAAGCGGAGGAGGGAUGAACGGCGGGAGGAGAAGCGUCGACAACAGGCAAAUAAGCGUGUAGUUCGUUCCCCAGAACCAUACAUUAAAGAAGAGCCACAGUCUCCCCCUCCCUUCGCCAGUUAUUCCGACUCACAACCUAGCAAGCGCAGAGCUCUACAACCCGUACCGAACGUGGAGGCGACUUCACCCAACGAUGGAAGACCACAGCCUAUCUACUACAGAGAUGGAGACCAAUCACCACGAUUCUACCGAGCUCAAGAGGAACCACCUUCUCCAACAGUCAUUCGUGUGCCCCAGCGACGGGACGAUCAAGAUCUUCGGCGCGUGGCCAGCCUUCAGUAUGCUCGACGACCAUAUUCACCUUUAGGAGAGCAGCAUCCGGUACCGGAGUCCCAUCAAAUCCGUGCGGCAUCGCACGCGUUUGCAGAGCGUCCCGUGGAACAUUUGUACCGAGAAGUGUCAGCUCGGCCAUCGGCGGCACCGCGCUAUGUACGGGAACAUUCAAGGUCCCCCAUUCACGAAUACCUAUCGGGACCACAAUCACCAAGUACCAUGGCUCCACCCCCUCCUCGCAAGAUCGUGGUUGAUCAGUAUGGCAACAAGUAUUAUGCUGCGCCAGUUGACAUAAGGGAGUCUGCAGCUCCGCCCACCAGGCGAAUGGAAGCCGAACCCUUCUACGAACGCGCAGCAACCCGCGAACCCACCGUGCGCGCCCCCAUUCGACAGGACAUUUAUGGAGAGGAACAGGUGCAUAGAAUGCCCCCACCCCCACCUCGGAGAUAUGUUGAGGCAUCGGAUGCCGAACCGCUGGAACCCCGAUCUUACCGCAUUCGUGAAGCCUCACAUCGCCCCGUGGAGGUAGUUGAGCGACGUCCCAUUGUGCAGUAUGAAGAGAUGGGACCACCGCGCGAGUACAUGCCUUCGCGAGCGUACAGCAUGCGCCCUGAAGGCGUACGACGGGAGCCGCUCGAGUACGCACCUGCGCGACAUGAGAGCGUGCAGCCCGGGUUCAUGGGAGUCGCAGCACCCCGUUAUCGUGAGGUCAGCGUGAUUCAAGAGCCGUAUGAUGAUCGACGUUUCACAUACGCUGCGCCGGCACGGGUUCCCGCCCCAGUUGGCUUGCGAUAUGUGGAAGAACCAGCAACGGAGGGAUUGAUCGAUGCACCAGGAGAUCUGUACGGCGGUGCAGAACCACGGCGAGUGAGCUAUCGCUACUAGGUAACACUGUUCUUGUAAUUUUCAAACAAAAGUAAUUGGAGGAAGCUGGCGAUCCUCGUUGGGUUAAUUUGGAGUAGGAUUUGGUUGUUCUGGGGUAAGCAAAACCUCUUGAAUUGCAAAAGAUUGAUUGAAUGGUCAAAGGCCCAAGUUGGACACCUAACCAUCUGUCAUGAGCAUUAAGGAGAGCUCCCACCGGUCAACCCACAUUGAAUGUACCAUAUGUAGUCACAAGUAUAAUAGAGAAACCAUCAAAAGCC